UGCCUUAGCAGUACCAGUGAAGAUGUCCGCAGCCAGGCAUGCCUGAGACAGAGAGAGAGAAGAAAGGAGGGAAUUAGGGAGAGAGAUGGCAUCCGAUUCCACGCAUCGAUACCUCCUCGAGUAGGGAAAGAAGGAAGCAGACGGCAGAGGAAGGAAUUAACCAGCCAGAGCCAGAAAAGAGACAAAUAUGAAUCAUGAAUCUCCCCGGGUGCUGCUGUGUUUUGUCCCUGAUCCUGUGCUCCAGUUUCCAGCCUUUUGGUGCAGCGGGUCUGCAGUUGAGCGGUGCUGACGGAGAGCCAUUAGCAGCCGAUGCUGAUGCGGCGUUGAACCAGAGCAGCAGCCCGAGCCAGCAAGAGAUAACGUGGCCUUUACGCUUGAUCUAUUACGUUCACGACGACAACGAGAGCACUUACCACAUCCUGGAUACCAAAGCCAGGAACCAGCAGAAACACCAUCAGGCCGUCCACCUCACCCAUGCAAGCUUCCAGAUCGAUGCCUAUGGCUCCACCUUUAUCCUCGAUGUUACACUGAACCAUAACCUGCUGUCAUCCAAGUACAAAGAAAUUCAUUAUGAGAAGCAAAAGACAUUCUUUUCCAAGGGAGGAGAGCACUGUUACUAUCACGGCCAGAUACGAGGCAAUGCCAAGUCUAAAGUUGCACUGUCCACUUGCGAUGGACUACAUGGCAUGUUUGAUGAUGGUAACUACAUGUAUAUCAUUGAACCACUGACACAGACACAUACAGAGGAGAACUCGGCACGGCCCCACAUUGUACGUCGCAUUCCGAUCGGAUCGGUUGACCAAUCUCUCCACUUUGGGAAUCGAAGGAAGGCUUACACACCCUGGUCUUUGCUGUUGGACCUGCCCUGGCUCCGAGUACGCAGGAAGAGGAGAGCAGUUCACCGCAGAAGUGUCUUCUCUGAAAUGAAGUACCUCGAGCUGAUGAUUGUAAACGACCACAAGAUGUACAAGAGACACCGGUCCUCCCGGCCCCACACAAACAAUUUCGCCAAGUCGGUGGUGAACCUGUUGGACUUUAUCUUCAAGGAGCAGCUGAACACCCGGGUGGUUCUGGUCGCUGUGGAAACGUGGUCAGACAAGGACAGGAUCGACGUGGGCCAGGACCAGAUGCAGGCUCUGCGCGCUUUCUCCAAGUACCGACAGCAGUUCAUCCGGGAGCAGGCUGACUCUGUGCAACUGCUCUCGGGCACCACGUUUAAAAGCAGCAUGAGCAGUAUGGCGUUCUUUGGAGGUGUUUGCUCGCUGACGCGGGGAGUCGGGGUGAAUGAGUAUGGACACAUGUGGUCGAUGCCAGUCGUGCUGGGGCAGGGCCUUGCGCAGAACUUGGGCAUACAGUGGGAGUCCGAAUCGAAGAGGAAAAAAGAAUGCGAGUGUCCAGGCUCAUGGACAGGAUGCAUCAUGGAAGACCCAGGGUUCUACCAUCCCCACACGUUCUCCAAGUGCAGUAUUAUGGAAUACAAAGAGUUUCUACAGAGGGGUGGAGGAGCCUGCCUCUUCAACAGGCCGACAAAGCUGUUUGAGACCACGGAGUGUGGAAAUGGAUAUGUGGAAUCUGGUGAGGAGUGCGACUGCGGACUGCGAGUGGAAUGCUUCGGGAGCUGCUGUAAGAAGUGUUCCCUUGCCAAUGGUGCCCACUGCAGUGACGGACCUUGCUGCAAUUACACAUGCCAGUUCCUAAAACGAGGAUACGACUGUCGGGAUGCGGUGAAUGAUUGUGAUAUAGCGGAGUACUGCACAGGAGACUCCGGGCAGUGCCCACCUAACCUUCACAAACAGGAUGGAUAUACCUGCGACCUUAACCAGGGCCGAUGCUUCAGUGGUGAAUGCAAAACAAGGGACAACCAGUGCAAACUGAUCUGGGGCUCAAAGGCCAGGGGCUCAGACAAGCUCUGCUACGAGAAGCUCAACACGGAAGGGACUGAAAAAGGGAACUGUGGGAAGGACGGUGAGAAAUGGCUGCAGUGCAGUAAACAUGAUGUCUUCUGCGGCUACCUGCUGUGCUCUGGUGUUAGCCGAGUCCCACGGAUUGGUCGUCUCCUCGGUGAGAUCACACCCACCUCCUUCUACCAUCAGGGAAAGCUGGUGGACUGUAGCGGCAGUCACGUUAUUAUGGAUGACGGGACAGACCUGGGAUAUGUCGAGGAUGGAACGCCCUGUGGGCCAUCCAUGAUGUGCAUGGAUCGCAGGUGCCAGCCCAUUCAUUCCUUCAACAUCAGUAGCUGUCCCAGUGGAUCGGCGACCAAGAUAUGCUCCGGCCAUGGGCUUUGCAGUAACGAAGCGACCUGCAUCUGUGAGGGUACCUGGGCUGGAACAGACUGCAGCAUGUAUGACCCCAAACGUGAUGAGGCAAAGCCGCCACCGGAAGGCCCCAAGGAAAUGUCAAGAAGCGAAGAUAUGAUCCUAGCCAGGUUGGGGCAAUUUGAAGUGGUGGGGGAAAGAGGCUGGUUGUGGGGGGGUUGGGGGGGGUGAAGCAAUCUCAUCACCUGUGGAUUCUGGGAACAGUUGCUCAGCGUCAACUCCUCACAGAAGGGAACACAAAGAGACAGACAGAGCAACAAGACCAGAGCUUCCCAAGAAUGUCACAUUGACUCGAGAUUUCUGCUUCCCCCUUGCAGUGAGGAGGGGGAAGGGCAGGUGGAGUUAUUCUUAAAGACAUGGAGGAUAUCUUUCAACUCCCCCACCCCUCCCCAGCUUCCCCCCACCCUGAGGAGGUGGAGGAGAUGGUUUGCCUAGUCAACCCUCAACCACAUAGAAGCAGAGAGGAGAAAACUACACACAAGACAAUAGGAUUCUCACUUCAUGGAAAGUCCACUUGCAAUGCAGAAGGAGGCACAUGACAAAGAUCAAGCGUUCCUGAGGCAUUGGCUGCACAUCAAUUCGUCGUUUAUUUUGUUUGCCUCUCCCAUUUUUAUGUUGUUGUUCCUGAAGCAGACACUGCUCUCUCAUGGCAUGACAUUCUUCUUCCAGAGGUAACUGCAUGGGAAAUAAACUUUAAAAUGAAAACUCAACAGGGAAAAGAGAUGGUACCCUUCGAUGAGUGUCUUUAUGUUUCCUUAACAACAGGCAACGUGACUGGUCAACACUUUCAUCCAAUCUCAGGUCCAUCCACUCAACAUUGGUUUUAUCUGCUUCGAACUGCCAGAGAUUUUUUUUUCUAGUUUGUAGCCAUGACAGCAGCAGAAGCUGUACAAAAUAUCACAUAUAUGGAUGUACAAAAAAAGGGACAGUUAAAAAAAAUGGAAAAGUACAAAUUGAUUUUUUUUCUCUUUCACUACCUUGUACCUAUCUGUGUUUAUAUAUAUACGAGGGGUGUUUCAAGGCAAUCAGGUGAACAUUCUAAGUAAAUAUUCAAAACAUUAUAAUAUUUGAAAUGCAGGAGAGGACCAUGUGUGUGGGAAAUGGUGGUUGAGCUAAAUUCACUUUCCAGCUCUUGAUCCAUGAUAUUCAGGACGCCUUCUGUUGCAUAUCUAAGUGUGGUGUUUUUAUUUUGUGAAGUUUUGUUUAUUUGCCUCCCUUUCAGACAUUCCCAGCCUUCUCUGUUUUGAACUGCCCCUUCUGGUGGCCAAGUUUUCAUCGCUUUGACCACUAGAUGACCCAUUACCCAUGAAUUUUAAGUGGGUUCCAUUGAAGGCCAGAAUAGUUCAGUCCAGCCCCUGGUAGAAAUUAGCUGAUUGGCACAGUGAGAAGACCAGACCCACAGCGAGAACUAGAGAUUGCAGUGUUGAUGUUUGAUGAUGAAUGCUUACCUAGCCAGCUUGUGGCUUCUUCUGUCAGUCCAGCUCAGCUCUACCUUCCUGUUUUUGCAAAAUGGAACAAAAUGCCAGGCAACAAAACUUCUACUUAAUGGGUUGAGACAUUUGAGACAAUUGGCUUGGAAAAUCUUGCUCUGCAUACCUGUGCACGGGUACAAAAAAGUUAAACAUCGACAAGAUAGGUCUGUCAAAUCCACCACUGAGCAGUGAUUAUAGACUGGUCGAAGGUGUGUUUACACUGGGCUGCAUUAUCUGGGUUACAUUCUUUCAAUCUGCACUCAUUGCCAGAUUGUCCCUCUAUGAAUUUUCUUAUCUGGGACCUGGGCUAUGAAUUACUUUUUUCUCCCAAUUGAUCUGUGUGUCACAGCUCUUUACCCAGGGUGCUAUAUAGUUUGAUGGAAAAGGUGGCCAAUAAUUUGGUGCUAAAAUAGCCAACUCAAGAAAAGGUGCCAGAAACUGGAAAUGUUCUGUGAGAGUGACCUGUCCAGUGAUCAGAUUGUUUCAUUGGUGUAAACAUUGCAUAACACCAUAAAGCAUAGGAGCCGAAGUAGGCUAUUCAGUCCAUAGAAUCUGCUCUGCCAUUCAAUGAGAUUGCAGCUGAUUGGAUAAUCCUGAACUCCACUUUGCUGCCUUUUCCCUAUGACCUUUGAUCUCCUUACUGAUUAAAAAUCGAUCUCAUAUUUAAUAUUGAAUAUAUUUGAUAAUCCAGCUUUGACAGCUCUCUGUGUUGUAAAGAAUUCCACAAAAUCACUACCCUCUCAGAGAAAAAGAAUCCUUCUCAUCUCUGUCCUAAAUAUGUGACCUCUAUUCUGAGAUUAUGCCCUCAAACUCCUAGAUGUUCUCACAAAGGGAAACAACCUUUAUCUACCCUGUCAAAUCCUUUAAGAAUUUUGUAUGUUUCAACAAGAUUACCUCUCAUUCUUCUAAAUUCCAAUGGGUACAAAUCCAAUCUACUCAACCUCUCCACAUAAAGUAGGUGCUCUAUACCUGGUAUCAGCCUAGUUAACCUUCUCUGGACUGUUCACUGUGCAUGGGAAUGUUGCAGAUGUAAUUCUUCUGGGAGCACCAAUGUGAGAAAAUCCUCUGGAGCACACAUCCACUGCUAGUGCACAUCGCCAUCUGAGUAGCUCUCACCUUAAUAAUGAGCUUUGCUUGUAACCUGAAGUCUGUUGGCAAUGCAAAUGACUCACAGAGCAAAAGACAGUAGGAUUAACCCUACAAAUGACAAUCUGAUAGGAGUCCCUGAAGAAGCAGUACAAUGGGAACCAAUCUCUGCAUCAAAUAUGGCUUAUUACACCUGACAUUGAGAAUAUUUGACAAGGACCUUGGACACUCAAGUUGGAAAGUGUUCCAUUUCCCAGCACAAAUAUCCAUUAUCUGGUCCAGCACAUUAUCAACUGUGUUUCUUUUUAAAAGAUAUUUCUAAGUGUUUACAGGUAUUAAAACUAUCUCUAUUUCAACUAUAAAUGGGGGUUUAAAACUUGCAAGAAUAAUUAUUUUAAAAAUCACAAUUGGUAUUGGAACAUUGCUGGCCAGCCCAGCAUUUAUUGCCUGUCACUAUUAGCUCUGAAGAAAUUCAGUGGUGAGCUGUUUCCUUGAAACACUACGGUUCUUGGAAUGUAGGUAUGCCCACAGUACUAUUAAGAAGGCAGUUGCUGGAUUUUGACCAAGUGACAUUGAAGGAUUUUUAAGUCAGGAUGGUCUGUUGCUGGAGUUGCUCCUGAGCAUUUGCUGAUCUGUCCCUCAAGGAUGAAGAGGUCACGGGUUUGGAAAGGUCUGUCAAAGGAGUUGUAACAAGUUUCUCUAGUAAAUUAUUUUGAUAAGACACAGUACAGCCCAGUGUACCAGUGGUGGAAGGAACAGUCAUGACAUAGAAUUAGAAAAGCUUUAAGGGAUUAUUUCUGGAGUUGACAGGUGAGAAAUUAUGAUAAAUAAAGCACCCUUUCCAUGAGGGCUUUCUGGAUUUAA